AUAUCUAUGUUUUCUCCUCUUGCCUUCCCAUAUAUAACUUCCCACAGAAUUCAUAAGUUUGGUGGGUUAGUUCAUCUCCUUAUUAGCAUUCUUAGAAUCAAACCCUCUCUCUCUCUCUCUUUCUACACCUUUAUCUCUCUUUCACUGUUCUUUGCCUGUGUUCUUCAUGGACUUGCCAAUGAAGAGGCCUAUUUCAGGUGAUCGGAGAACCCAGUACAGAAUAGAAGCUAGAAAUCUUUGUUACAAAAUAAGUGAAAGUUUUGAUGGGUUGAAUUGGUUCUGUGGUGGAGGCAGCUCAAAGAGAGUUCCAAAGUUCAUCUUAAAGAAUGUGAACUGUGAGGCAAGAGCAGGGGAGAUUACUGCCAUUGCUGGUCCUAGUGGGGCUGGCAAAACAACAUUGCUAGAGAUUCUUGGAGGGAACAUACCUUUAAAGAAGAUUUCAGGUCAAGUGCUUGUUAAUGAUCAGCAUAUGAUUGAGAAAACGUUUCCAAGAAUCUCGGGAUACGUCACGCAGGACGAUGCGCUUUUUCCUUUCCUCACAGUUGAAGAAACACUCAUGUAUAGUGCUCUGUUGAGGCUUGGUGGUGGGAGAAAAGAGGCUGAAUCUAGAGUGAGGAAGCUAAUGAAGGACCUUGGAUUGGAACACGUAGCAGCGUCGAGAGUUGGAGAUGGAUCGAACCGAGGCAUUUCAGGAGGCGAAAUGCGUCGAGUUUCGAUUGGAGUUGAAUUGGUUCAUGAUCCAGCUGUGAUUUUCAUUGAUGAACCUACUUCAGGGUUGGAUUCUGUCUCGGCAGUUCAUGUUAUGUCAGUGCUUAGAAGAAUGGUCAUUAGCCAAGGUAAGACUGUUCUUAUAACCAUCCAUCAACCCGGUUUUCGAAUCAUGGAACUCUUUGAUCGUCUGAUUCUUCUGUCGAGUGGAGUUGUGAUGCAUAAUGGACCAUUGGGUCAUCUUGAGGAGAAGCUUAAGCUUGCUACUCAUCAGAUCCCUCACCAUGUCAAUGUUCUUGAAUUCGCCAUUGACGUGGUGGAUAGCUUGGCUAUGCAUACUUCAGAAACUUUCAACAAACUCCAUUACCAACAAAACCGGGUUGAGAAUCAGACAAUAAGAGCUCGACACAUCGAUACGAAGGACGAAGAAUCCAUUUCGUUCCAGAAUUCUCGAUCCACGGAAGUCGUAAUACUAGGACAAAGGUUUUUCAGAAACACGUUUAGGACCAAACAACUCUUUGCUACAAGAGUCAUUCAAGCCUUGGUGGCUGGAUUAGUACUUGGGACCAUAUUCUUCAAGACCGGGAAUAACAACGACAAAACUACGUUGCAAACCCGGCUCGGGUUCUUCGCCUUUAGUCUCACGUUCUUGCUGUCUUCAACGACAGAAGGCCUUCCAAUCUUCUUGAGGGAGAGAAUGAUCCUAAUGAGAGAGACAUCAAGAGGUGCUUACAGAGUAUCUUCCUAUGUUCUAGCAAACACAUUCAUAUUUCUCCCAUUCCUUCUGAUGGUCUCUCUACUCUUCGCAGCCAGUGUUUACUGGUUGGUUGGUUUGAAAAACGACAUUUUCGGGUUCUUUUACUUCUCUCUAAUCGUUUGGAUGGUCGUUCUAAUGUCGAAUUCUUUCGUAGCAUGUUUCAGUGCUCUUGUCCCAAAUUUCAUUACAGGAAACUCAGUAAUAUCAGGGCUAAUGGGGUGUUUCUUUCUGUUUUCUGGUUACUUUAUAUCAAAGAAGAACAUCCCCAAGUACUGGAUUUUCAUGCACUAUUUGAGUCUUUUCAAGUACCCAUUUGAGUGUUUCUUGAUAAAUGAGUAUGGAGGAGAUCCAGGGAAGGGAAGAUGCAUAGAGUCCAAACAAGGAGUAUGUACAACAUAUGGAAAAGUGUUCUUAAGACAACAAGAUAUAAAAGAGUCACACAAAUGGAGCAAUUUGGCAGUAAUGUUGGGAUUCAUUGUUGGGUACAGGAUCCUGUCUUUUGUGAUCUUGUGGUACAGAUGUAACAGAACCAGAAGCUAGAUUCAUAGCCAGGGAUAUGGGUAGAUAUCUGUAUGUUUGUAGUUUUCUUUCUCAUUUCAUUCAAAUUUAUUA